AUGAUCUCCGAUUCCCAACUAUACUCCCUCGCCAUCUUCCUUGGCAGCGCAGCAAUGCUAUUGAUCGUACUGUACCACUUCCUCGAAGUCAACGCGCAGGAUGACGAGUCGAGUGCCGCCUCCGACCUCAAGAAGGACGAGAAGGCCGGGGUUGGGGCCGUGAAGCCUGUGGGUGUGGCGGUGGAGUCUUCAUGA